GCCCGACCCUUUCACCACUAAGGAACUAACAGAUAUUAUUAUUAUUAUACAUACAAGAUAUAUACGAAAACUGGUUUUCGGUUUUUUUUUCCUUCGUUUUAUAUCCAUUAUUUAUUUAUUUUAUUAUUAUUUUUUUAAAUUUCGUUUCGUCGUCGCCAGCUACACCGUCCCCCUGUGCUGGCAACGCUAACGUCUGCCGCAGACCUCUUCAGUCUUCUCUUCCUUCAUAGCCGUUUGAUUUUUCUCCCUCAUUAUUUCUCCUUCACAAUUUUAUUGUAUGAUUUUUCUUCCGAACACAGUCCGCUGCAGCAAAACGCGACAAUCCGUCCGCAAACGACACAGUACGAUGAUGUACCACCCGCGACCAACUACCCGCAUCCGACGAAGGUUGAAAUAAUAACGGAAAUCCAUACACAAUGAUGGCUGGCAAAGAUGACUUAGACGACUGUGACAUCAUCAAACAAGGUCUGAUGGUGAAGCGGUCGCAAAACAAAAAACGAUUCAUGCCCAUUAACUACAAACAGAGAUGGUUUGUAUUGACGACCAAGAACUUCAUUUACUAUGAGUCCGAAACGGAAGAAAUUAUUGAAAGAAGCUCACUGCCGUGUCUCCAUAACAUACAUCAACUGCUUAACAGGCGUAAAAAAGAACGAGGUCGUAUAAAACUGUCUACGGUAACUGUGAUUGAAACAGCUACUAUUACUUCUUCACCAAAUAUUUUAUCUCAAGAUAAUACUAACAAUGACGGAGAAAAUGGGUAUGCAUUUCAAAUAUCAUAUAGUGAUGGAAAUGAUCAACCAUAUACAUUGUAUUUAAUCACACAAAAACUCCAAGAGAGAACUGAUUGGAUAAGAUCUUUAAGAGCUGUAUGUGCUGACACCUUGGGAAAGAGUGAAAAAUAUCAUGCAUCAAUCUGGGGUGGUAAAAAAUGGCAAUGUUGUCGAGCUCCAACACGUAUUGCUGAAGGUUGUGAACCGUGUUCCGAAUGGAACAAGACACCGCCAAAUUCACCUAUUAUAAAAAAUGGUGAAAAUAAUAGUCCAAUAUUAGCAUUAACAUCAAGCCCAAUAAUGCCAGGUGGAACCCCAGCUGCUAAGCUAAAAGACCAAGUACCAAGAAUUAAGGUAGUGACUGCUCUCUAUCCCUUUAAAGCAAUUGAACCAGGAGAUUUGACUUUAGUUAAAGGAUGUGAAUAUGACGUCAUUGAUGAUUCUCAAGAUCAUUGGUGGAAAGUAAGAGAUGAGCAUGGUGCUAUAGGCUACAUUCCUAGUAAUUAUGUUAAAGAAAAAGAAUUUCUCGGUCUUCAAAAAUAUGAAUGGUAUGUUGGAGAUAUGUCAAGACAGAGAGCUGAGUCUCUUCUCAAACAAGAAGAUAAAGAAGGAUGUUUUGUUGUUCGAAAUUCGUCAACCAAAGGUCUUUAUACACUAUCUCUUUUCACAAAAGUGCCACACUCUCACGUGAAACAUUAUCACAUUAAGCAAAAUAGCCGAGGAGAUUUUUUUUUAAGCGAAAAACAUUGCUGUUCAACUAUUCCAGAAUUAAUUAAUUACCAUCGUCACAACAGUGGGGGAUUGGCAUCACGUUUAAAAGCUUCUCCUUGUGAUCGUCCUGUUCCUGCUACAGCUGGCCUUAGUCAUGACAAAUGGGAAAUAGAUCCUGCAGAACUAAUGUUGUUGGAAGAACUAGGAUCAGGUCAGUUUGGUGUGGUACGUCAUGGUAAAUGGAAAGGUUCCAUUGACACUGCAGUUAAAAUGAUGAAAGAAGGCACAAUGUCUGAAGAUGAUUUUAUUGAAGAAGCCAAAGUCAUGACGAAACUCCAACACCAGAAUCUAGUCCAACUUUAUGGAGUUUGUAGUAAACAUCGCCCAAUUUAUAUAGUUACCGAGUAUAUGAGACAUGGAUCACUGCUGAAUUAUCUCAGGCGACAUGAAAAUAGUUUAGGAGGAAACAAUGGUUUAUUACUUGACAUGUGCAUUCAGGUUUGCAAAGGGAUGGCCUAUUUAGAACGUCACAAUUACAUACAUCGUGAUCUUGCUGCUAGAAACUGUUUAGUGGGUUCAGAAAAUGUUGUAAAAGUUGCAGAUUUUGGAUUAGCCAGGUAUGUCCUCGAUGAUCAAUAUACCAGUUCUGGUGGUACCAAAUUUCCCAUUAAAUGGGCUCCUCCUGAAGUCUUAAAUUACACUAGAUUUUCUUCCAAAUCUGAUGUUUGGGCUUAUGGUGUUUUAAUGUGGGAAAUAUUUACUUGUGGUAAGAUGCCAUAUGGACGCCUUAAAAACACUGAAGUUGUUGAUCGUGUACAAAGAGGCAUUAUUUUGGAAAAACCGAAAAUGUGUUUCAAAGAAGUAUAUGAGGUUAUGCGUAAGUGUUGGAGCCAUUGUCCUGAAGAUCGUCCAUCUUUUAGAUUGUUAAAAGAUCAACUGGCUGUCACAUCUCAGGGUUUAAUAGCAGAUUGACGUGUUCGACAACAAUCUUGCAAUUGUGCUAUUUGCUUGUUGCUUGACAUUGGUUAUGAGCCCCUCAUAGAAUUGUGCCGUCUAGUGAUUGAAACAAAUCGCCGUGGCACUCUUUGAACCUAUAAGUUUUAAGUUCAGUUGUCAAAAAAUUUUCAGUGAGUUUAUCUACAUAAAAAUGAUCUCGAACUUUGCAAUAAGUUUUUUAAAACAAUUUCAAGUGCUGUUUACAUUUUAUACUAAUAAGUAAUUACUAUUUUAUUGACAUCAAUUGAGAUAUUAUACAUUCCUUGUAUAUGUACAUGUUUUAUUAAAAAACUUGAAAAUUUAAAAUUACUUGGGUAUUUGUUUUGUACAGGGUUAUAAAUCCAAAAUUAAUUUAUAAAGUUAUUUGAGACAUUGAAUUUUGAAAAAUAAUUUUACUACUUGCAUGAACAACAAGUUUAUGUCUAAAUAAACAAUAUUUGCAUGAUCUACUUUUUAAAUCAAAAUUUUUCUGAAAAACAAUCCAAAACAAUUUUAUUUUAAGUCUUCCAUUUAUAGAAAAAGUAUUAACUGCCCAAUGUGUUUCAUUAAGUGCUCACAUUUGUAUCCCAUGAUAAUUAUUGUGAUACCAUAUUUUUUUUUUUUUUCGUUUUGAAUUCAGAACAAAUUUAUAAAAACAAUAAGUGUUUCAUUAAUUUUGUGAUAAAAAAAAUAGUAUUUCUAGGUACUGUAUUAAGUAUGAAGACUAAUGUAAGGUACAGUAGACCUUAUACUAAUAUACAAGAAAUGUGUUUAACAACAGCAUUACAAGCGGUUUGCAAUCAUAUCGCAGUGAUGUGGCUGUUUUGAUGACAAAAUACAAUAAUCUAGAUAUCUUACCCCACACUACCUUCAUGUGAGUCACUAAAUCACUGAAAAGCGCCCCAUAUGUUUCCACGCUCAGUGUGCAAUCACUUCUUGUCUAUUAGGAUAAGGUCUAUGGGUACAGAGGUACAGUGUAUUCACGGCAACAGGCUACACCAAGUAAACCUAACCUAACCAAGUAUAACUCAGUAAUCAAAAUAACUUGAAAAUUAUCAACAAAUCUGAAAAAAGUGGUUUUUAUUUUAAAAAAAUGUGUUGAUCAUGCAUAAAAUACUUGAGUUAAACAAUUUUUAAGUCUUAGGUAUUUAUAAUUUAAUAAUUUAGUUUCAUGUUGAUUUAGAGUUCAUAAAUAUGUAAAGAGUACUGAGUUAUAAGGUAUACCCUAUUUCUGUGGAAACGCUGUAUUUAAUUAUUAUAUUGUAUACAUAGCUGAAAUAUUAUAGAAAAUAUAAUUAAUAAAUAUGACAAAUUUUGUAGUUGGUGAAAACUUAAAACUAUUAUUUUGAUUAGGUACUUUUUAUUCAAAGUUAUUUUACAAUUCACAACACUAAUAUUUCACACAAAUUAUUAACCAUUAAAUAGAUUUAUCGUUAUCGUUUAAAAUACCAUAUGAAGUUUGUCCUAUUUAUAAUGCUGGUAAAAUAUAACCCAUAUUUUUUUUUUUCAUACAUUUAUGUUGUAUUUAUGUUUAAUCUCAAUUGUGUCAAAUUGUGUGUGCUUAUUUUAUACUGUAUAAAUAUUACUUAAAAGGUAAAAUGAGCGUUUAAAA